AUGGCACGCUUUACCACACUCCUUUUUGUGUUUCAUCAGUUACUUCCAUUCGCAAAUAGCUCUCCAGCUCCUAUUAUUCAUCAGGUUGCCCCUCACAUAGCCGCUGAUUCAAACUGGUGGCUAGAAAGUAUUGCUAGAAAAGGUAAGGUCGCCUAUGGUACAUCAUCUCACCAGGUCUUUCGCAAUGUGAAGGACUUCGGGGCAAAGGGUGACGGCACUACCGAUGACACUGCUGCGAUCAAUGCUGCCAUAACUCAAGGAUCUCGCUGUGCUCAAGGGUGCGACUCAUCUACUAUAACUCCUGCAUUGGUCUACUUUCCAUCCGGCACCUACAGUAUCAGUGAACCGAUUGUACAGCUAUACUACACCCAACUCGUCGGAAAUGCAGUCACACCUCCCACCAUCAAGGCUACCUCUGGUUUCAAGGGAAUGGCUCUUAUCGACUCUAAUCCAUAUACAGAAGGAGUCAAUUGGUACACUAAUCAGAAUAAUUUCUACCGACAAAUUCGCAAUUUUAUGAUUGAUACGACAGCUAUGCCUGUUGAUCGUGGAGCAGGUAUCCAUUGGCAAACCGCUCAAGCUACAUCUCUACAGAAUAUUAUCUUCAAUAUGAGAACUGAUGGAGGCACUAAUAAUGCCCAGCUGGGGAUAUUUAUGGACAACGGAUCUGGAGGAUUCAUGUCCGAUCUAACUUUUAACGGCGGGAAGUAUGGCGCUUUUUUUGGAAGCCAGCAAUUUAUGACUCGCAACUUAAUAUUCAACAAUUGUCAAACUGCCAUAUUUAUGAACUGGAACUGGGCCUGGACUCUUUCAGGUGUCACCAUCAACAACGCAGGUAUCGGCAUAGAUAUGUCAAACGGAGGUUCUGGUGCGCAAACUGUAGGAUCCGUUCUGCUGGUAGACAGUAAAAUUUCCAACACACCUAUAGGUGUCUCUACAGCGUACUCUACUUCUCAAAGCGUCACUAAUGGCACUCUUAUUCUGGACAACGUCGACUUUUCUGAAAAUGUCCCUGCUGCAAUCUCUGAUGCGGCAAGCAAAAAUACUAUCCUGGCUGGUAAUGCAAAGAUAUCUUCUUGGGCUCAGGGACAUCAGUAUGAAGCUGGUACACAGGGAAGAGCAGUUCAGGAAAAUUUCGCUGCAACUUCUAAGCCAGCAUCUCUUUUAGACGCCUCUGGAAACGUCUUUACUCGCUCUAAACCGCAAUAUGCUGAAGUACCUUUAACUUCUUUCAAAAGUGUCAAAGAUGCGGGCGCGAAGGGUGAUGGUGUCACUGAUGAUACUGCGGCAAUUCAAGCAGCUUUCAAUUCAGCUAAGCCAUCUGACGUAGUCUAUUUUGAUCACGGCGCAUAUGUUAUCACGAACACUGUUAAAGUACCGAAGGAUAUUAAGAUUACUGGCGAAAUAUGGCCAAUGAUCAUGGCCGGAGGCACCGCUUUUUCAGACGCUUCAAAGCCAACACCAGUAUUUCAGAUUGGUCAGGAUGGUGACAUAGGAUCGGUUGAGAUAUCUGAUAUGAUUUUCGAAACUCAGGGUCCACAGCCAGGUGCUAUCAUGAUACAGUGGAAUGUUGCGCAAUCUUCCCCUGGCUCGGUUGGAAUGUGGGAUGUUCAUGCACGUAUCGGGGGCUCUGCUGGGUCUAAAUUACAAACUGAUACAUGCUCGAAAAACCCAACUAGUACUUCAGUAAACCCAGCAUGCGAAGGUGCAUUCUUACUUCUGCAUGUCACUCCGAAAGCCUCCAUUUAUUUAGAGAACAAUUGGUUUUGGGUCGCUGACCAUCAACUUGAUGGACCUAAUUUCAAUCAACUAACUAUCUACAACGGUCGAGGUGUACUCAUUGAAUCGGCAAAGGGACCUGUGUGGAUGUACGGAACUAGCUCGGAGCAUAAUGUCUUGUACAACUAUCAGAUAUCGAACGCUAAUAAUGUGUAUAUGGCUCUCAUUCAGACCGAAACUCCUUAUUUCCAAGGUAAUCCGGAUGCCAGCAAGCCAUUUGCACCUAUGGCACAAUAUCAUGAUCCAAUUUUCAAUGGACCAACUACUGCAAACAAGGCCUGGGGCCUUCGUGUAACAGAUUCCUCUGAUGUUUUGGUCUAUGGAGCUGGCUUAUACAGCUUCUUCGAAAAUUACGAUCAAACUUGUGUAACAGCGGGCAAUUGCCAACCCAAUAUGGUCUCACUUGAAAAUUCUUCCAAAAUAUACUUUUACGGAUUAUCAACAAAGGCUUCUUCCGCUAUGGUUACUAUCAAUGGAGCCCAAGCCGCAAUGGACAAAGAUAAUAGAAAUAACUUUUGUGCUACUAUUGCUAGGCUCUCUAUUUAA